ACAAUAUACGAAAACACUAAAGUGUAUAACUCCCCCAACACAUAAAGAUAACAAGUCAACCACAACCACUAAAUAAAAAAAGCCCCAAAACCCAACUUUAGUACUGGUAAUCCCAUGCAAAAGCUGAUUUAUGCAGAAAAAAUCCAGCAGUAUUUUUCUAUAAGAAAAUAUAAAGAUAGAUAAUGACAGUAUUUGUUUAUUUAUUAAUAUGUAGUUUCUUGAUAAGUUAACGUGGUCUCCAAUGAUUGGAAGAUGAAGGUUGAUUUAUCAAACCUGAAGUAAAGCAACCUGGGCUUUGGCAUUACAGUGUUUAGUUCAGACACGAAACAAAUUCAUUCAUGGAUGAAAUCCAACACAAGUUCGUUAACGUAGGAGCUCUCAAACUCCACAUAGCAGAGAUUGGAACAGGUCCAAACGUGGUCGUAUUCCUCCACGGUUUCCCAGAGAUAUGGUACUCCUGGCGCCACCAGAUGUUAGCUCUCGCCGGCGCCGGUUUCAGAGCUAUAGCUCCUGAUUAUAGAGGGUACGGACUAUCCGACUCGCCACCUGAACCGGAAAAGACCACCUUCACUCAUCUUCUCAACGACCUUCUGCAAAUUAUUGAUGCUCUAGCUAUUUCUAAGGUUUUUCUUGUUGGAAAAGAUUUUGGAGGUCCUCCUGCAUAUCUGUUUUCCAUUCUACACCCUGAAAGGGUGUUAGGAGUUAUCACAUUGGGAGUUCCAUACGUUCCACCAGGCCCCUCUAUGCUUCAUAAAUACCUCCCGGAAGGCUUCUACAUUUUGAGAUGGAAGGAACCAGGAAGAGCAGAGGCUGAUUUUGGACGCUUUGAUGCAAAAACUGUUGUGCGAAAAGUUUAUAUCCUUUUCUCAAGAAGUGAAUUACCAAUAGCUAAUGAAAACCAAGAGAUCAUGGAUUUAGUGGAACCUGAUACCCCUCUUCCCUCUUGGUUUACUGAGGAUGAUCUUUCAACUUAUGGGGCCUUGUAUGAGAAAUCUGGAUUCCGAACCGCAUUGCAGGUUCCAUAUAGUUGGCGAUGACUUGAACUUGCCAGAUCCUGUAGUCAAAGUUCCAACACUGCUGAUAAUGGGUGGAAAGGAUUAUGUUUUCAAGUUUCCAGGCAUUGAAGAUUUAAUAAAAAGUGAAAAGACGAAAGAGCUUGUUCCCAAUUUGGAGGUUACAUUUAUUCCAGAGGGAACUCAUUUUGUUCAAGAACAAUUUCCUGAACAGUUGAAUCAGCUUAUCCUUGCUUUCCUAGCCAAACACACUUGAAGUUUGGUUGUGCAUUGUGUGCGUUGUUAGGCAAGUGUGUGGAGUUUUACCGAAACGAUUUGAAGCGGCUGGAAUUUCUUGGGAAGGAGACUCGUAAAAUAAGAGACUGUGGCCACAUUGUGUACUUUUCUCCUUCUAGUUAUGAUUGAAACAUGGAUUGGUGCUUGAUGAGACUAUUGUAGAAUAAAUAAAUGUCAUGCGCAAAUAAGACAGGAUAAAGGAUUUUCAAGAUCAUGGUAUCCUACUGCAUAAUGUUAAAAGAUUUCCUCACACCAUUGUGUUAUUUCAUAACAGAAUCCCUUUGUUUUUAAAA